CAUCUUGUCAUCCAAAUGUAAGAGGACACCGCUUCCUGGUGUGGACUAAUAAUAAUGGAGUGAUGAGAGAGAGGAGGUAGAACUGCUCGAGUCGCUGCGAUCGGUUGUCCAGAUUUACGAGUGUGCAGAGAGGGUAGCAGGAACAGAAGAAACAGUGUGUUCAGUUGGAGGAAUGUCAGACGUAAGCAAAUCUGCAAAGGAUGGCGGCUCAUUCUCCUCAAAGGUCAUCAUCAUUGUGUUUAUCACCCUGCUGCUGGACCUGCUGGGAUUUACACUGAUUCUACCUCUGCUGCCUUCCAUUUUGGAUCAUUAUGCACAAACAGGGGAUGGGGUCUAUCAGUCUCUGCAGAGUGUUGUGGACUGGUUCAGGGAGGCUGUUGGGAUUCCUAUGGAAAAGAAAUACAACAGUGUCCUGUUUGGAGGUCUUAUCGGGUCACUGUUUUCGCUGCUGCAGUUCCUGUCAUCACCUAUAACUGGUGCUCUGUCAGACUGCCAUGGCAGACGACCCCUGCUCAUUCUUACCACAUUAGGGCUGAUGUCCUCCUAUGCGGUGUGGGCAGUUUCCCGGAGCUUCAGCAUGUUCCUUUUGUUUCGGGUAAUUGGGGGCAUUUUUAAGGGCAACGUCAGCCUCUGCACUGCCAUAGUGGCCGAUUUGCCUUGCCCAAAAGCACGUAACAGAGGAAUGGCGAUGAUUGGCGUCGCCUUCUCCUUGGGCUUCACUCUGGGUCCUCUGAUGGGUGCCUACUUUGCCGUCAGCUCCAGAACAUCAGGAAACGUCUUCUACCAAACUCCAGCUCUGCUCGCCUUGGCCUUCAGUGUCGCUGAUUUGCUCUUUAUUUGGCUGAUGCUGCCAGAGACGCUCACAAAGGAUGUCAAGGCUUCGUCUUCAGGGUUCGGGGACUCCAGAGACCUCCUGAACCCGUUAUCUUUGUUCCAUUUUUCAGCUGUUACUAGGACUAAAGAUCCACCCUCAAAAGAAAGAAUGCAGAAGCUUCAAGUGUUGGGCCUGGUGUAUUUCUGCUACCUCUUCUUGUUCUCUGGUCUGGAGUUCACGCUGAGUUUUCUGACUCACCAGCGCUUCCAGUUUACAAGUAUGCAGCAGGGGAAGAUGUUCUUCUUCAUUGGUGUGAUCAUGGCUUUGAUCCAGGGGGGAUAUGCUCGCAGAAUCAAACCUGGGCACCAUAUCAAGGCUGUUCGUAUGGCAAUCAUAACAUUAAUCCCAGCAUUUAUUCUCAUUGGGUUAUCAUGGAAUAUAACAAUGCUUUACACCGGCUUGGCGUUAUACUCUUUUGCUGCUGCAAUAGUAGUUCCAUGCUUGUCAACCCUUGUUUCUGACCAUGGCUCAGCCAAUCAGAAGGGCACAGUGAUGGGGAUCCUGCGUAGUUUGGGCGCCUUGGCCAGAGCCAUGGGACCAGUUGUAUCAUCUUCCGUUUACUGGAUCGCUGGAGCUCAGAUCUGUUUCCUCAUCACAUCGACCUCUUUCAUUGUGCCCCUCGUUCUCUUGAGCAGAGCCAGGAGGCUAAAGGAGGAGUAAACAGUACAAAGACUUGAACAAACUCUAAAAGGACUGAUUGCAGAGACUGCUCUGAUGUUUUUUUCUGCUGAAGUGAAUGUUAUGAUGUUUACAUCUGCUGGGAGAACAAGCACGAAAUUAUCACUUUGUCACAUGCGACAAUCUUAAAAAAAUGUACAGUAUAUUUUCUGCACUGCUGGUUAAGGAUCAUGACAUAAAACAAAAUAAUGCAAUAAGAUGCACAUGCCAAUACCAAAGGAAUUGAUGGGAGAGAAGUCAUUGUAUGAGUGUGAAAUAAAUGGACAUAAUGCCUUUUAUGUGUACAUGUAGACUUGUGCAUAUUAUGGACUGCACAGGUUAGGGUGGGUUACAAAUAACUUGUAUGCUUAUGGAACAUAGAUAUCAAGUUAUAUUUUACUUAAAGACUGAACAAAAAUGUUCUCAGUACUGAAACUCCAUUAAAAUGGGGGACAGUAAUUAAGUGCAUUUACUCACUUGUACCUGAGGUACAUGCACUUGCAUACACAUUCCAUUUCCAUUUAGUGUUACUUAAUACUUUUACUCCAUUACAAACAAUUCACUCCAUAGUA